UUUAUAAAAGUUUGGUUGCUGUCAUCUUUACUUCAUGUGCAAAUCCUUCAAAGAGACAUGUUAAAAUCCAUUUCCUCCACAUAUUUGAAGCGCUGCCUUAAUAAGCCGGUGACACAGCGUCCUUCUUUCUCACAGUACUACAGAAUGAUCACCACAGCUACCAUUCCAAAGCUCAAAGAUCCCAGCCUUUUACGAAACGCGGCUUUCAUUAAUAACAAGUGGGUCCAAGCCAAGAAUGCUGAAACGUUCGCUGUCACAGGUAAGUAGUUAAAAGCGUGAUUUUUCGGUAUGCAAUGCAAUGACUAACAAUAGCGUCAUAGACCCGGCCACCGGUGAGGAAAUCGGUAAAGUCCCGGAUAUGGGCGUAGAAGAUGCAAAGGAAGCCAUUGAUAUUGCAUCAGCGUCAUUUAAGACAUGGUCCCGAACGACGGCAAAGGAGCGCCAUGAUUUGAUGAAGAAGUGGUAUGACGCCAUGAUGGCGAAUCAAGAAGACUUGGCUACCAUCUUGACCUGGGAGAACGGCAAGUCUCUCGCUGAAUCCCGGGGAGAAAUUAUCUACGGUUCCUCCUUCAUCGAAUGGUUUGCUGAAGAAGCUGUCCGGUCCUAUGGUGCUGUCAUCCCUAACAACGUGGCCAGCCAAAGAUAUAUCACCAUUAAGCAACCUGUUGGUGUGGUCGGUAUCAUUACCCCUUGGAAUUUCCCUAAUGCUAUGAUUACUCGUAAAGUGGGAGCUGCUCUUGCUGCCGGAUGUACCGUGGUCAUUAAGCCAGGUGCUGAAACCCCAUUCUCCGCCCUGGCUUUGUGCGAACUUGCUGAGCGAGUUGGCAUUCCCGCUGGUGUCAUCAACAUUGUCACCACCGACGCCCACGUUAAAGAUAUUGGUACUGAGCUGACCACCAACCCUAUCAUCAAAAAGAUUUCUUUCACUGGUUCGACGGCUGUUGGAAAACUUCUUAUGAAGCAAUCAUCAGACACGAUGAAGAAGAUUUCCAUGGAACUCGGUGGAAAUGCACCGUUUAUUGUGUUUGACGAUGCGGAUGUUGAUGCUGCCGUCGAAGGAGCGAUUGCAUCCAAGUUCCGAGGCACAGGCCAAACUUGCGUGUGCGCUAACCGAAUGUAUGUGCAAAAAGGCAUUUAUCCCGAGUUCGCAUCCCGACUCGCAGAGAAGGUAGCCCAAUUCCGCAUAGGUCAUGGAUUCGAUAAAGAAACCAACUUUGGACCUUUGAUCAACCAUGCAGCUGUCAAGAAAGUGACCACAUUGGUGGACGAUGCUGUUUCCAAAGGUGGCGAGCUGCUCGUGGGAGGCAAGCAUGCCGGCGGUAACUUCUAUGAGCCUACUGUUAUUUCAGGUAUGACCAAGGAAAUGAGAAUUGCAACUGAAGAAAUCUUUGGACCUGUGGCUGGACUCUUUGAAUUCGAAACUGAAGACGAAGUCAUUGAACUUGCCAACAAUACCCAAUUUGGCCUUGCUGGUUAUUUCUUCUCCCGGGAUGUUGGUCGUGUCUGGCGUGUUGCUGAGAAGCUCGAAGUAGGUAUCGUCGGUGCCAACUCUGGUAUAGUCUCCAACUGCUACACUCCCUUCGGUGGAGUCAAGGAGAGCGGUAUGGGCCGCGAAGGAUCUUUAUAUGGAAUUUCCGAUUACCAGAACAUCAAGUAUAUCAAUAUGGGAGGCAUUCAAUAGGAAUCCCCCAAAUUAGUAAAUAAAGAAUAAAAGUAAACCUCCAGUUGACAAAGAAACA